UCGUCAAAUUUGAUUCCUAGAUCCUUUUAUCUGUUCUGAUACUCAGUUUUCUGUUUCUUGAUUAAUCAAUCGAUCGGGGAUGGAUUAUGAUUUUAGAGCAAGAACAGGACCACCAUAUGAUGCACAUAGUAACUCCAUGUAUAGACCAGUAACAACUACGACUAAUUCAUCAAAUCAUGGCUCUUCACUUUACCCUAGAGUUGGACCUUCUGGUAGUCAUGGAGCUCUUCCUGCUCGCGCACCUUCUUUCCAGCAGAACACCUCUCCUUCUCCUUCCUCAGGAAUGGGGAUUAGGGUUGCAAUUAAACCAGAACACAGAAUAACUCCACCUCCUCAGUUGUCGCCGGCUGUUGGAGAAAUUCCACGGAGCACUUUUCAGUUUGAUUUUGAUUUUGAGAAGAAAGUUCUUGCGGAGGCAGACAAGGAUGGCCAAAACUGGACAGGGUUUGCUCAGGAAAACCUUCCAUCUAGAACUACAGAAUCAACUUCUUCUGUGGGCUCUGUCACAGACCCAGUGGUGAGUAAAUACAUUGCUUCGGGACUAAGUCGAGAGGCUGUGCCGUUUGCAGUUGCAAAUUUUGGAGAUAAUCCCACCAAGUUUAAAAGAAUAACCAGUACUCGUCCUUGGUUUAGUUCACCGUGUCAGGGUUAGGGAAUUCGUUAACGGCUACAAUCUUCUCAGAGAAAUGGGAUUCCCUUCAAACAGUGUGGCUGAAGCCUUAGGCAUGUAUGAUAAUGAUACAGACAAGGCACUGGCUCAUUUCCUCAACAGCUCAUCAUAGUGAGGGAUAUACCCACAAUCAGAUGAGAUUAUUCAGUAUGAUAUGCUUGGUUGUUACUUAUUAGCUACAUUAGUACUGUUAUAUUCUGUUUAAUCGUAUUUGUGAAGUUUGUUCGACUCUACCUUUGCUGGCUAACUAUAUAUGAAUGUAAAUAGAUGUUGUCACUUAAGUGAUAAACUGAUGAUUGCUGGCAUUACGUCAGUAAGUGCCCUAUAUUUGGAGCAAUACCGUCUUACAGCAAGACACUACAAAUCCAUUGUAAUAGUUGAAGUGGGAAGAUUCGUUUCUUUCUUCUUUUAGAUGCACAUUUCCAUUCAAA